GCAUGUGGUACUACCUCAACAUUUUCACUUCCCCUCUCGCUGAAUCCAUGACUCAGAUGGGAAGGAGAACCUAUAAAAGUGAAGUGAGGCGGUCAGGGAGGUCAAGACAGGACCUGGACAAGACGGUCAACCCACAGCUCAAGGAUGGACUCCAUGCAAAGCAAACCAAGAGAAGCCACUGGCAGUGAUCUGUCUGAGCAGAUAAAAGCAGCCACCAAAGACAGUCAUGUCAGAGCUGAGAACACACAACUGAUGCUCAGCUACCAGAAAGGACAGAUCACACCAACACAGUACAAGCUCCUGCUGUGUUCUCUGUAUGAGAUCUACCAAGCGCUGGAGGAAGAGCUGGACAGGAACGCUGCUCAUCCCGCAGUUCAGCCCGUCUACUUCCCUCAGGAGCUGGCCAGACUGGAGUCUCUGGAGCUGGACCUGGAGCACUUCUUCGGACCCCACUGGAGGAAGAGAGUAACAGUGCCUGCCGCCACACACAGAUACACCCAGAGGCUGAGAGAGAUUGGCAGGAACAGGCCGGAUCUUCUAGUGGCACAUGCAUAUACGCGCUAUCUUGGUGAUUUGUCAGGAGGACAGGUGCUGGGCAAAAUUACCCAGAAGUCCUUGGGACUGAGUGGGAACAAAGGAGUUUUAUUCUUCUCGUUUCCUGGAGUGACGAGCCCCAACAGAUUCAAGCAGCUGUACAGGAGCAGAAUGAACAGCAUUGAGUUAACAGAGCAGCAGAGACGGGACGUGCUGGACGAGGCCACCACUGCUUUUGAGCUCAACAUCGAGGUUUUUGAUGAUCUUCAGAAAAUGCUGAGCAUCACAGAGGAAGCUUCAAGUGAAAAAGGAAAUGACGCCACAUCCAAAACUCUGUCAAAAACCUUCUCCAGCUCUCCAGUGCUUCAGUUCGCAUUAGGUGUGGGAAUCACUUUAGCAACUGUUGGAAUGGGAGUUUAUGCAUUUUAAUUCAUAAUACUUAAUUUUAACAUCUAAAAUCUACAGGCUGAUCUUUAACAAACAUGGAUUUUAUAAAACAUGCACCCAGUAAUAAAUGUUACAUCAAAAAGAUAAAAAAAA